AUUAGCACCAACCACACUGCAGCCACAGGAACUGGACCUGACGCGCGCACACCCACACACCCGCACACACACACACACACACACACACACACACACACACACACACACACACACACACACACACACACACACACACAGUGCCAUUAACAGACUCAGUCAUAUCAUAUCUCAAUCUGGUGUUGGAGUGAGGAAACAGAAUGUCAGGAAAGGAAGAGCGAAAGCCAGUGGGAAAGCAGGAUUUGCCUGAAGUACACAGGACUCUCCUCUGAUCCUUUCCAAACGGUGUGAGGUGUGAAUUGAAUUAGAAAAUCUGGGACUCGUAACACCCUGCAUAUAUCUGAAGACCUAACCUUCUGAAACUCACCGCAGCACAAAGAGACCGGAGGGAAACGCUGUAUUUUCAAUUUAGCGGUCGCAACUUGAGCCGAACCCCAAUUCUGACCUCAAGAUCUGGAGUGUUUUUUUUCUUCUUUUUUUCCCACCGCAGUGAAGACAUACAUCAAGAGGGAAUUCUUUAAAUUCUCUGUGUCUCUGACCGCUCACUGUUCUGCAGGUCUUUGAGGGUCUCAUCACUUCUGCCCAGUGUCCAGCCGAGCUCCAAGGAGCGGACGGGGAGAGACCGUCAGCUUCACCACACAUACAGGACACGAGGAAGAUGAGUCUGCCACGCAACGGGACAUUAGAGAAGGCGAUGUCCGAGCAGUCCCACUCUGAGCCGGGCUCUCCCGUUGGGGCGGGGGCGGGGGCAGUCGUGCCUCCCCCGUAUUCUCUGGGCAGCAGUGAAGCCGUGGACACCCCUCUGGAGCUGCGGGGCUCUCUGGACUGCUGGGCGUGCUCUGUGCUGGUCACCGCCCAGAACAUGGUCAUAGCGUUGGUCAACGCCACAUUAGCCAGCAUCGUGUUCGGCACCAUCCUCACCCCCUCUCUUGUUAUGAUUAUAUUCGGCUUUCUGUGCCACUCCUCGGUUCAGCCCCAUGGAACAUCCCUGUAUUGUUCAGACCUUCUGGAUGAUGGGGGUUGCGUGGCUCUGUUGGUUGUAGGAUUUCUGCUGCUCACCCCGCUGCUGGUCCUCGCCCUCGCUGCUUACUGUCGUCUGGCCCGACACCUCCAGCUGGGCAUGUGUUUCAUUCCCUACAGCCGUGCGGUCUACAAGAACCUGCCCGCCUCACACCACCGGGGUCUGGGGGCAGGAGGCUGCUGUGGCCAGCAGAUUGCAUCAGCGAGAGAAGGGAAAGGCAGUGUGUGGGUGUAGGAGAGGGGAGGAGAAGUUCGGCUGCAUUCAGAUGUCCUACAGCCGUUGUCAGAGCGUGUUAUUUCGUUUGACAGGGAUAUAUCUGUCUCUAGUUGAAGGUUGGGAUGAUAAGAGUAGGGUUCCUGUAAAAGCAAAUGCUACAAUUGAAUGCUGCGUGAAUAACAAGCAUUGUAAUAUCCAUCGUGAUUCCUCAUUCAAAUUCAUUGAUUCAGUCAUAUGGCUUUUUAUAUCCAAUCCUGAUGUAUUUUUACAACCUUUUAUUUUUCAAUAAAGUUCUAUUUGUAAUGCAAGGCUGAGAUCUGUAUUUGCGCUAAAAACAAUUGCACCCCUGAGACGACAGACUACUUUGUGAUUGUGAAGAGAUGGAGAUCGAAAGUAAAUGAAACGUGGUUGUUCUGAUUUGACUCACUUUUUCUUUUAGACUUGAGAUU